CCCAGCUCACUGCACCAACGUCCUUCCCUGGCCGACAGCUCGGCUAAUGAGAAAAUGGAGCCAGAAAACAGUGGCAGGGCAGGCCUUGCUCUCCCGAACCCGCAGGGACCCUCCAGCGCACCUGAAAUUGAACUUUCAGAAGUACCUCUCCGUGAAAACCCCUUACUGGAGAAGGCUGGCUCAUCCCCACCGUGCCAUACAUGGCUGAUGUUUCUGAAGAGGGAGCUGGAAUUUCUGGGGGUAACACAAAUUCUGAUUGCCUUGAUAUGUCUUUGUUUUGGAAUAAUUGUCUGCUCCGUGAUCAAUAUUUCAGAAUUUAAGGAAGACAUUUUUUCAUCAUUUAAAGCAGGCUACCCAUUCUGGGGAGCAGUGUUUUUUGCUAUUUCUGGAUUUUUGCCAAUUAUGUCUGAAAAGAAACAUGCUACAUAUCUGGCAUGGGGCAGCCUGGGAGCCAACACUGUCAGCAGCAUAGCUGCGGGAAUAGGAAUCUUUAUCCUGACGGUCAACCUGCAGAGGAGCUCGGCUUACAUCCACAACUGCCAGCAAGCUCCCAGAGACGACUUCUGCUUUGUGGCUUGUUUUUCCACAGAAAUUGUGGCGAUGAUCCUGUUUCUCACUAUUCUGGGGUUUUGCAGUGCUGUGUCACUGACGAUCUAUGGAGUUGGAGAAUUAGUCCAAGGGAACAAGAUUGUAGAAGAUCGUCUUUAUGAAGAAUUAAACAUAUAUUCACCGAUUUACAGUGAGCUGGAAGACAAAGCGGAGGAAUCUUCUCCUGUUGAUUCAUAAGAAUUGUGUUCAGAACAUUCUCACAGAAAAGGGUCUAGAAUAAGCCAAGAUCUUUGUUAAAGGGGCUACAGGCAAAAUUUUGAUUCUUGUCUAUGAUCUGCUAGUUUUACACUAGGAUUUAUUCUCCAAAUGGUAUAUGCUGCCUGUUGUUUCUGUUCACCUAAAAUUCCCCCUCCCCACCACCCACUUAUGGGUAUGUGAUAGACUCCUAUUUUUCUUGUUUUCUAUUGCUCUCUUGUGUAGCAACUUUUAUGGGAAGUCAACGUGUAAUCAGCAAGCAUUUACUCUGUGCCUAUAACUGUACAAAUAGAGGGAACAAGUGGAAGGCUGGUUGAGAGCUGAGUUAAACUUUCUGUUUUGGAACACCUGGGUGGAUCCGUCAAUUAAGAGUCUGACUCUUGACUACAGCUCAGGUCAUGAGAUCAAGCCCCAUGUCAGGCUCCUCACUCAGUGGGGAGUCUGCUUGGGAUUCUCUCUCUCCUUCUCCCUCUAUCCCUUCUUCUGCUCUCUGUCUCCCAAUCUCAUAAAUAAAUAAAUAUAAUUUU